AUGCGUCAUUUAAUUUGUAAUAUGGGUACAUCUAGUCGAUACAGUUCGUACAAUUGUUUAACAAGUUGGGACAGUUAUGACAGGAUACCCAGAGUUCGUGUUGAAUACUACGUCAAUGAAAAUACAUUUAAGGAACGUCUACAACUUUAUUUUAUAAAAAAUCAACGAUCUAGCCUACGAAUACGUAUCGCAAAUUUACUAUUUAAAUUGCUCACAUGUUUUCUGUACAUAUUUCGUGUGAUAACCGAUUUAGAUCCAACAUUUGCAGCUUGUUGGGGUUGUACACCAGGUAAUAAGACUGAGUAUAUGAUAUCAGCGAAUUUAACGGAGGAAGAGUUUCAAGAAAAUCCUAUUAUCAAUUGGGAUGCAAUAUUAUGGGUGAAUAGACCAUUAGAACUGUGGACUGUUCAAGUUAUACUAGCAAUGAUAUCAUUAGCUGAAGCUCUCCUUUUAGCAUAUUUAGGAUAUAAGGGUAAUAUCUGGCAGCAAAUACUGUCGUUUCAUUUUGUACUGGAAUUAGUGAAUACAAUACCAUUUGCAUUAACGUUAUUAUGGCCUCCAUUACGAAAUCUAUUUAUUCCUGUAUUUUUAAAUUGUUGGUUAGCAAAACAUUCGUUAGAAAAUAUGUUUAAUGAUUUACAUCGUGCAAUGCAAAAAUCACAGUCGGCCUUGUCACAACAAUUAAUGAUACUUUCUGCAACGUUAUUAUGUUUGGUAUUUACAAGUGUUUGUGGGAUACAACACUUUCAACGAGCCGGACAUCGUCAUCUUAAUUUAUUUCAGUCAACAUACUAUGUUGUGGUCACGUUCUCAACAGUGGGUUAUGGUGAUUUUGUUCCAGACAUAUGGCCGUCACAACUUUAUAUGGUUAUUAUGAUAUGUGUGGCUUUAAUUGUACUACCAACACAGUUUGAACAAUUAGCGUUUACAUGGAUGGAACGUCAAAAAUUAGGUGGCUCAUAUUCAUCACAUCGUGCUCAAUCAGAAAAACAUGUGGUUGUAUGCAGUACAACAUUACACGCUGAUACAAUUAUGGAUUUUUUAAAUGAAUUUUAUGCACAUCCGUUAUUACAAGACUAUUAUGUUGUACUGUUAUCACCAAUGGAAUUAGAUACAACAAUGCGAAUGAUCUUACAAGUACCAAUAUGGGCACAACGUGUUAUUUAUAUACAAGGUUCAUGUUUAAAGGAUGGUGAUUUAGCACGUGCAAGAAUGAAUGAAGCUGAAGCGUGUUUUGUAUUAGCUGCAAGAAAUUAUGCGGAUAAAACUGCUGCAGAUGAGCACACAAUCUUACGUUCAUGGGCCGUCAAAGAUUUUGCACCAAAUGUUCCACAAUAUGUACAAAUAUUUCGCCCAGAAAAUAAACUUCAUGUGAAAUUUGCUGAACAUGUCGUUUGUGAGGAUGAAUUAAAGUAUGCACUUUUAGCGAACAAUUGUACAUGUCCAGGUGCUUCAACGCUUGUCACCCUUUUAUUGCAUACAUCACGUGGACAGGAAGGACAACAAUCGCAGGAAGAAUGGCACCGUUUGUAUGGACGUUGUUCCGGUAAUGAGAUUUAUCAUAUUAUCCUUGGGGAUAGUCGUUUUUUCGGUGAAUAUGAAGGCAAAAGUUUUACGUAUGCAAGCUUUCAUUCACAUCGAAAAUAUGGAGUGGCCUUAGUAGGUGUAAGACCUGCAGAACUUCCCGAAUUUUAUGAAGAUACAAUAUUACUAAAUCCAGGACCUCGGCAUAUAAUGAAAAAAAGUGAUACAUGCUAUUAUAUGAGUAUAACAAAAGAAGAGAAUUCAGCAUUUGUUGUAAAUAGCCAACAACAAAAUAACAAUAAUAAUAUAUCAUCAACGACCGCAACAGGAGGUGUUCCAGGUGGUGGUGUUAAUGGUACAGGUGAGACAACCGUGAUCACUGACGAUAAAGACGGAGUAAAUAAUACAGCACAAACAACAGUUACGAGUAGUACUUGUGGUGUUCUACUUAAAGGCGACGGAACAAACAAACUUGACGAUAAUGGUGGCCUUAGUGAUUCUCGAACAUGUUUGAAGGACAGUUCACCCGCAUCCUUAGCACCGGAAAUGGGUUCAAUUGGUAAUCAUUUAGAUAUACCAAGAUCAUGUGAUAAUCCUAAUUUACUUAGUCCAGAAAUACUAAAUCAACGUCGUGGUAGCCGCAGACCGAGUAUUUUACCAGUUCCUGAUAUGUUCACUAGUUCAACAUUAAAUAUACCAAUCGAUCCAGCGGACGAAGGUGAUGAGAGUGACGAUGAAUUAGAUGAUGAUGUGCCUUGGCGAUCACCAAGUGAAAAAAUAGCGAUUGUGAAAGGAUUUCCUCCAGUAUCACCUUUCAUUGGUGUGAGUCCAACAUUAUGUUAUUUAUUAAAAGAGAAGAAACCAUUAUGCUGUUUACAAUUAGCCCAAGUCUGUGAACAUUGUUCAUACCGUAAUGCAAAGGAAUAUCAAUGGCAAAACAAAACAAUAAUAUUAGCUGCAGAUUAUGCAUCAAAUGGCAUUUAUAAUUUUAUUAUACCAUUAAGAGCACAUUUUCGAACGAAAACAUCUUUAAAUCCAAUAAUACUUCUAUUAGAGAGACGACCGGAUGUUGCUUUUUUGGAUGCUGUAUCAUAUUUUCCAUUAGUUUAUUGGAUGUUAGGCUCAAUUGAUUGCUUAGAUGAUCUUUUAAGAGCGGGUAUUACUUUAGCUGAAAAUGUAGUGGUUGUAAAUAAAGAACUCUCAAAUUCCGCAGAAGAAGAUACGCUAGCUGAUUGUAAUACAAUUGUAGCAGUUCAAACUAUGUUUAAAUUUUUUCCCAAUAUAAAAAGUAUAACAGAAUUAUCUCAAUCAUCCAAUAUGAGAUUUAUGCAAUUUCGAGCGCAUGAUAAAUAUGCAUUACAUCUCUCCAAAAUGGAAAAGCGUGAAAAAGAACGUGGAUCACAUAUAUCGUAUAUGUUUCGACUUCCUUUUGCAGCCGGCAGUGUAUUUAGUGCAAGUAUGCUCGACACGUUAUUAUACCAAGCGUUUGUUAAGGAUUAUGUUAUAACGUUUGUACGUUUAUUAUUGGGUGUGGAUCAAGCUCCAGGUUCUGGAUUUUUAACAUCUAUGAAAAUUACCAAAGAUGAUAUGUGGAUUCGAACAUAUGGACGACUGUAUCAAAAGUUAUGCUCAACAACAUGUGAAAUACCAAUUGGAAUAUACAGGACGCAGGAUACAUCAGUUUCAGAUUCAUCGCAUGUGAGUAUGAGCGAGGGUACAUGGUCCUGGUCAAGUUGCGUGCGUGUGCGGUCUUCGUAUUCAAUAAAUAUGGUUGACGAAGCAAAGGAUAAUCACGCACAACAAAUUGAAAGGGCUGAAAUUGCUAAUUUAGUUCGAUCAAGAAUGGAGAGCUUAAAUUUACCAGGAAUUGAUUAUAUGGAUGUUAGUGAAAAACGAAAUAGCUUAUCUUAUGUUAUAAUUAACCCCAGUUGUGAUUUAAAACUAGAAGAAGGAGAUAUAAUUUAUAUUGUUCGUCCAAGCCCAUUUUCUGCCCAAAAAACGUUCGAAAGACAUAAUAGUCGACGAAAAUCGAAUAUUAGUUUUUGUUCACAAAAUUUAAUUCAACAAAUGGCUGCAGCAGCACAAAGCGGCAGUAGAAGAGGUUCUGGUCUAGGAUUGCCUACAUUCACAGCACCUAGACCGCCUCCGUUAGUGACUACUAAAUCCAAUUCAUUAUCGUUACCAGAUUCUCCAACUGUAGCGGGAACAUUUCGAGGUAGAUCUAAUUCAUUACGAAUUUGUGAUGAUAUUUUACUACGUCGAUCAAAUUCCCUACGCCAAGGACUUACUAAUGCAGGUGUUGCUCGCCGAAAAAGUAGUUUGGAAGAAAUUGGUUUCUCUCAUUUUUCAAUGGCACCUUCAAAUCAUAACAAUCCAAUCAAAAUUGCAUUAAAUAGUAAUAUAGGUUUAGAGGUAACUCCGCCAGAGGAAGGAAGCAAUCCUAGUAUGUCAAGUAAUACCGCUUUAAUAGUUGGUCCUUCGAACACGAAUAUUAGUAUGGCUCCCCCAACAAUCGGGCUACCACCGUCUCCUAUGAACGAUUGCUGUUUAGGUGUGGCAUCUCAAUUUGGCAGUGCAACUAAUGUAAGCCCAUCUAGUAGUAGCCCAUUGGGUGGUAUACCAUCACCUUACUGUGAUCAAUCUAGUAGUCAAAGUCAAUCCAGGCAAGAAAAUUCUGGAGGAGGGCCAAUUCAACCUCAAACAUCUGAACCACAACAUCUUCAAGGAACUAUCGUAUGAUAUCAUCUAAUGUGGGGGAGGAGACUGAGCAGCGUCGUCAGGAAUAAGUGGCUCUAAAACACAUCCUGCAAACUCCUCACUUCCACAUAGGUUAUCAAAAAUUCAGUUAAAAUAAUAAUUU